AUCGUUGUGACAACCAAUUCCCUACUUUUUCUCUUAGUGUCCAAAGGAUAUAUCCACAGACAUGUUUGCCCGUCUUUGUAGGCGCUUUGGGAGAGUUGAUGUUGAUAGAGAAGAGUCUAGAGUGAAGCAAACGAAACCUAAAGAGGCCUGCAGACAGACGUCAUCCCCUGAAAAUGUCCUAAACAAGGUGCAGGCCAACGAGGAAGAGGAGAGGCUGAAUAGAGAACUGGAGCUAACUACCAAGGAGAGAAAUGAGCUGACAGAUCGCCUCCUUUAUGUGACAGGUGGAUCCAUGAGCAAGAGCCCCUACUUCAGGCCAAAUCCAUUUUAUGAAAACUUGAAGAUAAAGGAGAAAGAGGUCAUGUCAUUACUGCACAACUUAGACACAAAGAACAUUGAACAUCGUGAGAAAUUUCAGGAGCUCAAGAAGGAGAUUAACUUCUAUCGCAACCUGCACAGCCGGCUCCUGAUGGACCAGGCAUGUAUGAAGAAGAAGUUGGUCACAUUGAAGCAGGAGAGCAAGGAGUUACAGCGAUAUUUGUUUGAGUUGAACCCGAAUGCUGAAGACGAACAGGAGAAGACCAGCAACCUCCAGACCCAGCAAAAUGUGGUAGGAACAAGCAGCUGAGUCAGAUUAACAAUGUCUGAUACCAUUUGCCUAUUGGAUACAUCUUUGCUUCCCCUAUCAUCUUUCUAAUCUCCCCACACCCAAUCAGUCACCUACCUCAUGUGAUAGAGUUAUUCAUUGCUCUGUCUAUGCACAAGUAUUCUGGGAUGUUAACCACUCUUCAGAAACUGAAUUAUGGGCAAAUACACUUAUCUGCCCUUUUUGUAACUGCAGGCCAGAAAUGGUGACAGAGGAAUAACAUAUCACAUGACUGCAUCUCCCUGUCAUAGAUUGGAUGCUAUGAAGAGUUUUGAACGAGUUCUUGGUCGUGUGACAAAGGUCAUACAGGGGUCAUGUGAUGGUUGGAAGCACCU